GAGCACUCCCAUAGCCUCCACUUCUCUCUCGAGCUCCGCUAAUUCUGGUAGGCAAGAAGGUCUUGAUUUCAUACCAUCGUGUUAAUCUCGGGGUUUUCAGAAUAAAUACCUCUCACAUCUCUCCUUAAGCGUGUAUAUCCCUGCGAACCGCAGUAUCGCGAUGUCCACCAGAAAACGAUCAAAACGAGACCGCACCACUUCCAAGUCAUCACACGAAGCGCCGUCCACCUCUCCGGCUAAAGAGAAAGAACAGCCAGGCGCUUUGUCCGACAGUCCUGGCCAUGUCAUUCAGUCAGACUUACCGCCUUCACGCCCACGCAAGGAGAUUUUGAGGUCUGUCUCUCCACCAGGACUUAUGGUACCAUUGCGUUACUUCAUAUACACCCUUGUGACAAUCGCCCUUCUCUCCGCGGGGUGGUAUACUUACAUCACGGCGGUGGGGCUCAAGCACUGGAAAGAGGAAGUUGGGUGGUGGGGAGUAACUGUUGGGCGGAUUGGGAGGAAACAGGACAAAAUCCAGUGGAGAGGUCAGGAAGUGAAAGGGGAACUUGAAUGGCAUCUCAGUCAGCUUGCAUCCGCACUCGGAAUCCCCGCAACGGACGUAGCUUCGGCUCUCAACCCAUUUGUGCCACCUGCAACACUGUCUAGUCUUGCGCCUCAGGCUACGGGCGAGGCGAUGAAGGUUCUUUUUGAGGAGUCGCAUCAAAAAGUUGGCGGUGGAGGUACUAUGGGCAACGUUGCUGAAGGCCUUGGGACGGUAGUUGGGUUCGACGAUCCUCUAGAAGGGGGGUCAUGAUCUGAAAUGUCGCAAGAAUUCAUUUCACCAUAUUUCCAUUAUGUACAUCGGGGACAAUCUUGUAAUUUCAGGGAUACACGAUACUAGUACUUCCUGUAUCAUAGGACUUGUAUUAUCAGACGCUCCUAGGACCUAGACUUCGACAUGAAUGAACUCGACGAUGGCAAUAAUACGUUUUGACAUAGAUCUUUUAUAGUUAAUGAUUCGGACAACUUUCGCUUGACAAUACUACACACAGGGUCCAAAGGCUUAUGCUUCCAGUGCGACAACACCCCUAAGACUUGAGGAUACGUUCAAUUACAUCUUGUGCCGCCAGCACCAAGCCGUCGUUGAAUCU